AUCGAACGAUGGGGUAUAUUAAUUCCAUAAGUCACUUAGUUUAUAGAUCUAUGAUUAAACCAAUUUUUUUUUAUAGUGUUGGCAACCGUAGUACAUUGCAUGUUUGUGAAAUUGACGUUAUCACUAUCACUUUGCAAUGUUAGAUCCACGGUUAUAUCUUUAACCAGUUUAACCGUGAUUAGAUCGUACUAUCAUAUUGCAUGUGUUUAUUGUUUUAAAAAGUUAAAUUUUAAUUUGUUUAUAUUUGUUAUUUGUCGCACCACCGUUGAACGCUAGACGACUGUCGAGUGAAACUAUUAAAACAUUUAAAACUGGUUAACAACAGUGAAUAAUUAUAAUAUUGGUAUUUUGGUUUUUAUCAUUACGAUUUGGAAACGUUUGGUUCAACAAAGGCGCGAUAUAGGUUUGUAUAAACGGUGAGGGAGCAGACACUCCUGAAAGCAGUCGUCAAACCAAAAUUUUCGGGAAGUUUGCCUUCAAAUCGGAAUCGAUCAGGUUAUACCCCAAACGAAUGUAAUAAAAGUGCAGUGCUGACCAUUUAACACGUUCAUCACGAUGUUUUCUAUAAAACAACUGUUCUCUUGUGUGUUUGCCACUGAAUAGGAAAAAAACGAAUUGACGAUAAAAUUGUGUUCUAACAAACGCAGUUUGUUUAUAUUAAACCAAAUUGUAUUCUUGAAAUACAAAAUAACUGAUAUCUGUUCAUACAUAAUACGUUCGUUGAGUUGUGUUGAGUAUACAACGUAACCCAGUAAAAAAUUGCAAGUUGGAGUAAGUUUCUGUAUCUCAUACCUAUCAAUUGGUAUAUUCACACAAAAUAUGAAUUUCGAUAUACUUCAAGGUAGUUAAACUGUGGUCUUGUAAUUUUUUCUGUAUCAGUAGACAAUUCUUAAAUUGUGUUUUUGUUUUUUUUUCCCCCAGGAAUUCGUGAAAUAAUACAUGGCUUAGGCGAGAGAAGACCACGCGUGGAUUCAGUAAAGUUAAUACAAUCAAUACUUGUCAAACAAAUGGUACUGUUCAUUUCUAAAACACUACAAGUUGCACUUGAAUUUAAACAUCGGAAAGUAUCAAUGACACAUGUAAUAUAUGUUUUGCAAAACCAUAAGUACACUCUCAUUCGUAUCUUAACAUAUUACUGUGAGCAAAUAUAGAAACUAUAAAUACAUAAUUAUAUAAAAUAUUAAAAUAACUAUUCAAUAUUCACAGUGAUGAAAGAGAAUAUCUAUAAGAUCAGUGUAGCUUCUGAAGUGGAAGGAAAUGAAGUCUAUGGAGAUAAUGUUAUAAACAAAUCAACAUUGUCAGUUGAUAAAGAUUUGGUUGAGGCUGUAUUAAAUUUUAAUAAAAAAAAUGAAAUAAUGGAAUUAAGUAUGUAUUAAACAUAAUAAUUUAAACAUAUAUUAAUAAUUGUCAAUAAAUGAAAAACUUUUUUUUAGAAUUAUUUAACACUAAAGACAAUCAAAUCAAAUUUCUUAGAAUAAUAGCUUAAAAUUUAAAUUUCUAAACAUCUAACUUAAUUAAGUAAUCUUUGUACUCUAAACUACAUUUUUUUUUUUUUUCAAUCAUUUUUAGUUUAUUUAAACGUAUAAUAUUGUUUAUCUUGUUAAUGUAUUGUACUGAAGACUGUAACAUUGUUACUGAAUUAAAAGAUAAUUUUUUGUGGAUAUGGGGUUUUAUUUAUUUAUUUGUGUAAAUAAAUUAUUUGAAUAACUUGUACUUUUCAAACAUUAAUAAUUAUCAAUUAGUAUUUAAUGUAUUUUUUUUUCACAUUCAUUAAAAUAAUUUAUUUUUGAGUCAUAAUAUUAUUAAGUGUAAUUUUCAAAUAAUUACCUAUCUAAUAGUUACCUAUAUUAUUUUAAAGAUUUUUAAAAAAUAUAUUGAAAAUGACAGCGUAAUCAUUAAUCAUGAAAAAUUCAUAUUUCUAGAUCCAAUCAAUGUAUUCACAUCAACUUAUUUUAAAACAAAGUUUGUAUCAAAGGGUCGUGGUAAAAGAAAAAGUGUUUAUAAGAUGAUUGUAAAUGCAAUAGUGGCUUUAAAAUUAGAUAUCAAUAUAACCAAUGAAGAUUUAAGAAUUGCUACAGAAGCUCGUAAAUUGAGAGUUAAUGAACUAUCAAUUGCAUUGUCAUCCCAGUAUGUCAAAUGUUUAUUAAUUAUUAAGUGAUUAUUCUUGUAUAGUAUAUUUAAUUGCUUUCGUAAUUUCAGUGGUUAUGAAGGUUUCCAGUUAUGCAGGAGAAAGAAUUUUCAUAAUACAAAAAUAGGAAUUGCACUAUUUGAAGAAGUAAAUAGAGCACUGCCAUCGAAUAUACAUUAUUCAAAAGAUAUCAAAGAAAUAUUUAUGUUCUUAGCAAAAGUAAAAUAUAACUUUAAUCAGAGUCAUUAUUGUUAAUUUUUAAAUUUAAAUUAAUUCUGAAAUAUGUGUUCAUUAAAAGGAAACUAUAGCUUGCCUGUUUGACCAUAUUUGUGAAAACAGAAAACUUAAAAACAGUAGUCCUUUUCUAGAUACCAUGCCAACGAAUCCCGAAUCUAAAGUAAUACAAAUAAAUGUUAAUGUUAUUUAAGUUUUGGUUUAUCAUAUUUUUAUUUUAUUGUUAUUUAGAAGAAUAAGUUUGAAUCUAUACGUGUUGAUGAAAUAACAGCCGUUACAUCAAGCAUUUGGGAUCAAUCUCUGGAGAACAUCCAAAUUCCUUUUAAAAUCAAUAAUAAAUUAUUGAACAAUAAAUUGAUUUUAGAUUAGUAAUAGUAUUAAAACUUUGUAUGUUGGAGUAUUUGUAGUAGCAAGUUCACAAUGUAUGUCAAGAAUUAAAUUUAAAAAUACUAGCAAAAGUAAAAUUUUUGAUUGUAUAUUUCAUGCAAGACAGUGUAAUGCAAUUUAUUAUUAUUACUUUUAUUAUAUUUUGAUUUGUAUGCUUUAGAUAAUAUCACUGAUUGUGUUCAAAUUUUGAUUAAAACUAAUGUAUUAUUAAAUUUAAUUUUCAAUGUUAAUAAUAUUAAUCCAAGCCAAUAUAGUAUUUGUGCAUAAAAUUCCAAU